ACGACGUAAAGACUUCUCUCACCAACGGCUCCCCUUCCUCCGCGUGUUAUCAUGUCGUCCACGUCCUCUGCAGCGACGGAUGGCUCACGCUCUUCAUCUCCACCUCACACACCUGAGGCAGACCCCAUUUACCCGAUAGCGAUCCGCCCUGACCUCGACCUGAACUCCUGGUUCCACCAAUCCGACACUGACUCUCUCCUUUCUCCACAAUCUUCGUGGCCGGACGGACUAUCUACACUGCCCUUACACAAAUCCGAAGGAGUGGAUAGCAUGCUGCAUCUUGACGAUCUGUUGGAGCAGAACGCGUAUGAUGACUCACCACCUCCUUCGUUCGACUCACCCGAGAUUCCUGACCUGACGAAGCCGGCCAACCUACAGCCUAUGGCAGAUUACACCUCAGCAUCCUUUCAUUCAUCUUUCAGUCAUGGCGGCGAGAGAGCCUCGAAGCCAAUCCCCCCUCCAGCCUCGGUUCAGCGCAAAAUCGAUCCAUCCAGCUGCUCUAAGGUCGUCUUUCCGCCCAAAGACUCGUGUUACAACCUGGCACUCAUGUUCCCCAGUCUGCCUGAGGGCGGGGCGAAGUCGCGUGUCGAAACGCAGAUUCGUGUCACCGUUGACCUGGCAGACUUUAGCUCUUCAGCUGAUCCCUCGAAGUAUAAUCGAGUUGGCUCUUGGAAAUGGCUUCAGCUGCCUCGAGGAACGGCGACGAAGCGAAGGACCAGGAAACAGGGCAAAAUCGAUCCAGACCCGAUGGACGUUCUGCACUUGACAGCCGCCGUUACUUGUUCUACGUCUCCUAAUAACCGCGUGUACAGCUGCAGCAGUUGCCAAUCUCGCGAGGCCAAGCGAGUCGCUAAGAAGCUUGCAGCCAGGGUCCGACCUGCGCGUUCUGACUCCGAGUCGGGCGGUGAGGAAACUGGCAAAGCGAAAAGCAAGAAUCAUGAAGAUACGACCAGCAUCAUCCAGUUCAAUUGUGCUGAGACCCAGGACUUCUCGGCUGGCACGGUUGUUCUUCCCCUCCGGAUAACGUGCUAUUGCCGUCAUCACAGAGAGAAGGUCGGAUUUAGUGUGAAUCUCUCUGUCAUGGACCACGCUGGGCGGAUUGUUGGUUCCGGUGUAUCGAAACCCAUCAUGAUCACGGAUGAUCAUAAAACACCUGGCACCAAGAACCCGGCACUGAUACCUGCGUCCGAGUUUGACUGGGCGCGCGAGCAAGGACAAGCGGCGCCCGAAGCUCGCGCUCCCUCGAAGAGGAAGAGCGAAAAAACAAGCUCAAAGAUCAAGAAGCGUGGGAAACCCUACGAGAAGCCCAGCCGAAGUUCCAGCGUCGUGGACCACGCUUCCCCCGAGAGCUCAUAUGUCGACACCAGAGCGUCGACCCCCAACUUGACGACGCAAACGGUGGCCUCCUCGCAUGACUCGGAUUCGUCGGUGGACACUCCAGCGACGCCACCCGACUAUCCUAUGCUCGGGAUCGAAGCUCCAGAUACUCAGUCCUGUUUGCCACUACCUGACGACUCCGCGCUGUCUGCUGCCCUGAUGCCGUUCCUUUUCCUGGAUGCCCUGGAGCCGACGCAGCCGCUUUCUCUCCCGCUUCCGAUGAUCCACCGCUUGAUCCCCAACGCUGGGCCUACACAUGGAGGCACCGAGGUGACCAUCCUCGGUGCUAAUUUCCACGAGUCUUUGCAGCUGGACUGCGUGUUCGGUGACGUCAUUGCGCCUUCCACACAGCGAUGGAGCGACAACACACUUGUGUGUAUCCUGCCUCCGCGUGCGACUCCAGGUGUUGUUUCCGUCUAUUUUAACAAUCUUCCGAAACCUGCCGAGAUGCAAAACUCGGCUUCAUCCCUGUUCACCUAUUCGGAUGAGUCUGAUCGGGCACUAAUGGAGCUUGCUUUGCAAGUUGUCGGAUUGAAGAUGACAGGAAAGAUCGAGGAUGCUAAGAAUGUCGCCAUGCGCAUCGUCGGAAAUGUCGGCGAGGGCUCAAGCAUGCAGACCGAGACCUCGUCUGGUGGGGGAAUGAUGCAUGUCGCAUCUCCCUUUGUUCUGGGGUCCCGCAAUCAGGGAGAAGACUUGGAAACGCGUGUCAUGCAGCUGCUCUCUCUGACGAACACCCCCGUCUCCAGCGGCGUCUCUCUCGAAUCAGCCGUUUCCCUGAUCGCACCGAGUGGACAAGGUCUCUUGCAUCUUGCUGCUUUGUUGCGGUUUGGCAAACUUGUGGACUGGCUUGUGCAAGCUGGUGCCGACAUCGAUUCACGCGAUCGCGCAGGGUUCACUCCGCUUCACUUCGCGGCACUAUCCGGUUCAGAUGUCUGUGUGCGGGUGCUGCUGCAUGCCGGAGCUGACCGCGAAAUCGUGAAUGCGAUGGGCAAGACCGCAGAGGAAGUUGCCGCUCGCCCGGACAUGUUCGAUUCAGUUUCGAAUCUCGCACAGGCCGAAGCUCAUCUGUUGGUUGAUGAUGAAGCGCAUUGGGGUGAUGCCGAAGAAGAGUCGGAUGACGAGGGGCCUAGACACGUCCCCCGACGACGGACCUCGCGUCGGCUGAUGAAGCCCGGUGUCUCUGGCAAAAAGACACCGCGAUCGGUGAUCACACCUCGAACGUCGUCGUCAUCGUUGUCCAGCAAACGCACAGCAGCUGACGACAAGCAUGCUGCAAAUCUGUUCGAGAUGAUCCAGCGGACCCUCGCCCAGUUGCCUGCGCCGCAGCUGCGCAACUUGCCUGGCCUUGCCCAGCUGCCGGAAAUGCCAGCUUGGGGCGCAUUGCCCCAUCUGACGCCGGUGUUCCCUGUGCUAGUGCCUUGGCCAGCGUUCCUGGGUGCUGCCGACGAAGAAGUUAAGGGUCUCUCCGCCCGCGCCGUGCAGGAGAUCCGGGCAUGGGAAAAGUGGAUUGCACUAGCCCUUACCCGCCAACAGGCUGAGGAGGCGCCGCCACCGAUGUACACUCCUCGCGAACCUGAAACAGUCGAAAAGGUGGAAGAGGAGAUCUCUACUCCCCGACAACCCACAUAUCCGCCCGUCACCGAGCAGGAGGUCGACUCGUUCGCGUAUGUGCCAACAGAGACACCGAAGAAACACGACAGAAUGUUGCUGUUCUUCUGGCUUCCGAUCUUGAUGAUUUCUAUACUAUGGGCGAUGCAUAGUGGCCUGCGGAUUGCGUUCCAAACUAUCAAGGGCGCUGUCCCGCUAGGUGGCCUUGGACUUCGGGCGUAAAGGCUCUGGAAUUUUUUUGUAUAUACCUAUGUAAAUCUACUUCUACUACUGUACGGAAUAUUCAUGCACAAUGGUAAAUAAAAUUCGGAGUGACCCUCCUUGAUACUCAUUACUACGUAUGCACUUGAGCCAUAAAAUCGCCUGGGACUCUAUCAGCUCCCACCUCGUCUACAUUCACGAGAACAAAUCCAUCACACCUCAUCGCACAGACCUGUUCUUUCGCGACGAAUCCUCUCAGGCCAAGUCUCUCGAUCACUUUGCCCGCACACUCGCUGGCGCCAUCCGCGAAUUCUCCGCCACCGAGCGCACCAAGUUCCCUACUCGAGGAGAGUUGCAAGCAGCAGCAGCAGCAGCGCCCCUCCCCGAUCCUGUCUUCAGUAAUGAGAUACUGGAGCGAUACCAGCCCGAUCUCGUGCCGUACUCCUCACUCACGCCCCAAACACAGUCCCUCGAGUACUGGAUAGCGUGCGCCGAGCCGCAGGGAUCGUACGGCACGAGCAACGGCAGCUUCGCCGACGUCGUCAAGGUCCUCCUCGCAGAGAACGAGCUGGGCAGGUGCCUCAUGCUCGCCAAUCACCCGCGCAUCCCGCUCGGAGACCUCCACAGCCUGUCGUGGGGACACAGCUUCGGGUGGAACCACACGCGCGACUGGGCGCUCCGCUCGUACAUCUUCCUCAACGUCGUGCUGGCGCGCCCCGAGCUGAUGCUCGCGGACGCGAAGUACAAGCGCCUGAAGAGCUACGAGCGCAUGGUCUGCUUCGCCGGCUUCUCGGGUGACUUUGACGCGCAAACAUAUCUGCAUCGGAUGUUCUGGUUCGGCUCGCUGGACGCGUAUGUGCCGGAGAACUUGAUCGACCCGUUCGUCGAUGCACAGCGACUGCACGAGCAUUUGAAGACGUGCUUCCGGGUGCUGUAUCAGUACGAUGUGCUGGCACGUGAAUGCGGGAAGGACGACAACUGGGAGAGCACCAUCACGGACACAGUGAGCACGCUCUGGACAGUCAAGACAGAAUACCACCAAGACGACGACCAGGGGUGGAUCAGGAGAUUUGCGUGAAAGCUACAGUAGAUUGCUGUGGAUAGUACAAAUGUUGGAUACUUACUAGUAGUGGUGGAGAUACAUAUGUGAAAAACUCUACAGGGAUGUCG